CCGGAAGUAGCCGGGCCCUUAGCGAUGGGACCCAGCAAAGCGGAAGUCGCUCCGUGAGGCAGUGGCGACAGCGGCGGCGAGAGGAUGAACAACAAGUUCGACGCCUUAAAAGAUGAUGACAGUGGAGACCAUGAUCAAAAUGAAGAAAACAGCACACAGAAAGAUGGUGAGAAGGAAAAAACAGACCGAGACAAGAGCCAGGGCGGUGGCAAGAGGAAGGCUGUUGUCCCUGGACCAGCAGAACAUCCCCUGCAGUACAACUACACCUUUUGGUACUCUAGGAGAACCCCUGGCCGCCCCACCAGUUCACAGAGCUAUGAGCAGAACAUCAAGCAGAUUGGCACCUUUGCCUCUGUGGAGCAGUUCUGGAAGUUUUACAGCCACAUGGUACGUCCUGGGGACCUGACAGGCCACAGUGACUUUCAUCUCUUCAAAGAAGGGAUUAAACCUAUGUGGGAGGAUGAUGCAAAUAAAAAUGGGGGCAAGUGGAUCAUUCGACUUCGGAAGGGCUUAGCUUCCCGUUGCUGGGAGAAUCUCAUCCUGGCCAUGCUUGGGGAGCAGUUCAUGGUUGGGGAGGAGAUCUGCGGGGCUGUGGUCUCUGUCCGCUUUCAGGAGGACAUUAUUUCUAUAUGGAAUAAGACUGCCAGUGACCAAGCAACCACAGCCCGAAUCCGGGAUACUCUUCGGCGCGUGCUUAACCUACCUCCCAACACCAUUAUGGAAUACAAAACUCACACCGACAGCAUCAAGGACAAUUCAAGCUUUCGAAAUACAAAAAUCACAUUGUGAAAGCGCACAAGCUGGCAGUAAUCCUUUUCUGUUUGUGUGUCUGUCUGAAUUGGAUGCGAGGCUCAGGCAGCUCUUCUGUCUGUUCACUGAAGGGGUGUACCUAAGCCACGUGCUCCCCUUCUGCACUCGUUCCUGGAACAUGGACUCUGCUAGACACCUUCCAGCAUUGCUGACCUUAUAAGCGAGAAGAAUGGGAAUAUGUGACUAUGUAACAGACAAACACUUUAAGUGCAGUUCUGUGCGGGAGUGCAGCUGUCUUCUUGCUGUGUACUCUCCAGGUGCCUCUUGGCAUCCUGCUGUGUGAAGGACUUGAUGACUGACCACACCUCUGUGCCCUGUGCUGGGUCUGAGCUGAACGUUAUCAGUAUUAUGAAUGCUUGCACAUCCAGGAACAGCCUCUGCAUAGAGCUGAAGAGAACCAAAAGCCUCUUCCAGCUCUACUGUUAAGUUAUUGUGUGUUCCUCUCCCCUAAGCCCACCACCACUUUGAACAUGUGUUAAGAUAUGAUGACAGCCUAGGAUUCUGUGUCCUUUGCGCCUUACACCUCCAGUGGGACUCUUCUUAGGCACUGCAGCACUUAAGUCGUGAUCCCGGGCAGCACAGGUUUGCUGAGGAAGCAUCUGCCCUGUAAGACAAGCUGGAGAAGGAUGCGGUUCAGUCAGAAGCCAGCUCAUAGUGCAGGUCCCACGUGUGGGGUUGGGGCUGAGGGCAGUGACUGGAACCAGCCUCCCAUGUGAGCAGGACUUGUGUGCUGGGCACGCUCUGUGGGGCAUGUCUGUCAUGGAGGAGGAAGCAAUGGCUGUUUAGUGCCACAUUAAAACUGUAGGUCCCACAGUGCUGAAAUGAAUAACUGAAGAAAUGGCAGCCUUGCUGAAUGCUUCAUUUGAUGGCUGUGUCUGUCAGCUGUGGUUGGAAAAGACUUUUGGUCCUUGACACCUGGAUGUAGACAAAUUGUCCAGAUCCUUCAAUGCCCAGAAGGCUUCUACAGGCAUGUCUUAAUCAGAGAGGCUGACCUUGGGAGCCUGAGGCCAGAGAGGUCAAAAGAGCACCCACGAUCAAGGAAGAAAUGGGCAGCUGCAGCAGCUUCAAGUGCUCUGUGCCGGGCUCCUGGGAGCCAAGAUGGCAGUACCUUAAAUUAAGGCCUCUGUUUAAAGCAUAUCCCUGAAGCCUGGGUGGGGUUCCUUGGCCACAGGUCUCAGGAACUCUAAAGGUAACAGCAUCUCCUUGUAUCCAUCCUACUCUUCCAGCUUCCCAGCUCCUGCCCCUCCAGUCGCUGUGUCUGGGGAUGCCUUGCCCUGAAAGAACAGUACAGGGCCAAGAGGGAAGGUGUUUCCGCUGCGGGUGAAGCCAUCUGAGAAGAAAGUCCAACAGCAAUCGAAGCUCCAGGAAUCUGAAGAAUGCAUUCUGGGGUGGUUGUGAAGGGCUCAGCAACACCAGAGCAUCAUUGGCUGUCAAGGAUGCGAAGGCUCCUCUGGAGGCUUGACUAAGCAGGAGGCCUCCACAUUUGCCUAUGCUCAUGUCGCCUUGAAAAUUCCAAAGAGCAGACAUUUGGACUUGCCUUCCUUUGGGGCAUCUCUCUGGUGUGUGUGUGUGUGUGUGUGUGUGUGUGUGUGUGUGUGUGU